CUUCGCCCUACUGAGAGGCUACCUCAACAACUGCGAGUGACAGCGACCACGCGGUUCAACUCUCUCGGCCCCCUCCACCGUCGGCAGGUUUCAUACACCGCCCAGCUGUUGACCGAAGGGUAGAGGAUACCCGACCCAAACGUCGCGAUACCAUCUGGCGCCAGCGGCCCUGUCGAUCCUCAGCCCGUGUCCCACUUACCCGUCCGUCGGCUUGCGACGCGCGAGGCGCCAUUGUCACCCAGUUGGUGCCAUCCCAGGUCGAAUGCCAUAUUCGCUUCGUCACAAAGGUCACACCAAAACACAGGGGACAUGGCUUGAGCUCUAUUUGGCCUAUUUACCCUGCAUUCUCUCGUCACUUACAUGUCCCCCCUGACCCUAUAUCGAACCUCUUCCUCACCAUAGCACGGUUGCCCCAUGUCAUGCAGCCGCUCGUUUCUGCAAUGACAACCAUCCACCGAUCCCUCCUUGCCGCCAUUGUCAAGCAGCUCUUGCGCGGCAAGUCCUUGAUACAGUCCCUCCUCACCUUCUGGACCACAUCAUCACACCGCCCCUCCAGCGCCAAGAAGUCCUCAACUUCCUCCUCAUCCUCGUCCCAAUCAAUCUACGAGGGCGGCAAGGUUUCGGCGCCUUAUGCCCCUGGCCUCCGACGGUCCACACAAGACUUCCUCAGGGAGGUGGAGGAUCUGAUCCUUGGGCCUCUGCUGGACAAUGGCCUACUCGAGCUCUCUCACGCCCUGAAGACACAGUUCCGCGCUAGAUUACAGACCGACCCGGCAUGCAUGCUGCCUUCGUUCAACCACAAGCUUCCUACCGGCUUGGAGAGGGGGAGAUACCUCGCCCUCGAUGUUGGCGGCUCUACGUUGCGAGUUGCUCUGGUCGAGCUGCGUGGCCAUGACUACGAGAUCAAGGGCAAGGAGUCUGAGAUUGUCGGCAUGAAAUCGUUCCGCAUCGAUAAGACGAUCAAGGAUCUUGAAGGUCUGGCCUUUUUCGACUGGAUGGCUGAUAGGAUUGUCGAAACACUUGAAAACGAGGAAGAGGGCCGCAGAGCCGAGCAAGACGGCGCGUUACCCAUGGCCUUGUCCUGGAGCUUCCCUAUUGAUGGUCGCAUCCAUGGUAUGGGCAAGGGUUUCCGCGCCGCCGAUGGCCUCCAGGGACAGGAUCUCGGUACCGUGAUUGAAGCUGCCUGUCGUCGCUCUGGUCUCGUGGCAGAGCUGCUCGUCAUUUUGAACGACGGGAAUGCUACAUUGCUUUCUCGAGCCUACACUCACCCGGCUACGAGAUUCGGGCUCAUUCUCGGCACCGGCGUUAACAUUGCUGCCCACCUUCCUGUGCCCCUCAUCGGCGCUGCGAAAUUCGGCGAGCGGCCGCAAGAGUGGUUUGAGGAGGCGCAGAGUGUCAUUGUCAAUACGGAGCUGGGCAUGUUUGGACAUGACAUCCUAUCAAUCACACGCUGGGAUGCCGACCUCAAAGCAGGACAUCCCCGUCCCGACUUUCAACCGCUGGAGCACAUGCUCAGCGGCAUGUACCUGGGCGAAGUUGCUCGAUUUGUGCUUAUUGAGGCCAUCACGACAACUGGUAUAUUCGGCGGCGUGGUUCCGGAGAACCUUUCCGAGCCCUACUCCUUGAGUACCGAGACAAUGUCCAUGGCUGAGAGUGACAACGCUACGCUCGAGACAGCUAUUGCGGCCUUUGCAGCGCGCCAUCCUUCACCACACGCACCAACCGCAACAGAUCUCGCCUUCUUCCGCGACAUCUCCGCCCUCAUUUCCCGCCGUUCUGCUGCCAUUCUUGCUGCAGCAGUCCACGGCAUUUGGGAUCUCCGCCUCGACGGCGUCCGCGAGACGCUGCCCACGUUGUCGCCCUCGGAAGCUGCCACGGCGGAGACAGAGCUCGCCCUGAAGCACACGAUGGUGGCCUUCAACGGGAGUGUGCUCGAGAGCUACCCGGGAUACCGCGACAUGUGCCAGUCUUUUGUCAACGAGCUCCUGGAAGCCAGUGGUAAGUCGGGCCUGAGCAUCGACCUCGUCCCGGCAAAGGAGAGCUCGAUCAUUGGGGCGGGCGUGGCCUUGGCGGCGGUGGUGUAA